AAAAAUAACUAAACAUGGGCAAAGGAGAUCCUAAGAAGCCGAGAGGCAAAAUGUCAUCAUAUGCAUUCUUUGUGCAAACUUGUCGGGAGGAGCACAAGAAGAAGCACCCAGAUGCUUCAGUCAACUUCUCAGAGUUUUCUAAGAAGUGCUCAGAGAGGGGGAAGACCAUGUCUGCUAAAAAGAAAGGAAAAUCUGAAGAUAUGGCAAAGAUGGACAAGGCCCAUUAUGAAAGAGAAAUGAAAACCUAUAUACCUCCUAAAGGGGAAACAAAAAAGAAGGUCAAGGAUCCCAAUGCACCCAAGAGGCCUCCUUUGGGCUUUUUCUUGUUCUGUUCUGAGUAUCGCCCAAAAAUCAAAGGAGAACAUCCUGGCCUAUCCAUUGGUGAUGUUGCAAAGAAGCUGGGGGAGACGUGGAAUAACACUGCUGCGGAUGACAAGCACUCUUAUGAAAAGAAGGCUGCAAAGCUGAAGGAAAAAUACGAAAAGGAUAUUGCUGCAUACCGAGCUAAAGGAAAGCCUGAUGCAGUGAAAAAGGGAGUCAUGAAGGCUGAAAAAAGCAAGAAAAAGAAGGAAAAGGAGGAAGAUGAGGAGGAUGAAGAGGGUGAAAAGAAGGAAGAUGAAGAAGAUGAAGAUGAAGAAGAAAAUGAUGAUGAUGAAUAA